GGCAUCGUUUCUUCAACAACAGAUUUUACUUGAUUUUACUCCUUGCAUUUUAUAUUAAGACUUUUGAAAACUAUACUGUCUUAACAAAGAAGAAGAACAUCUUGGCGAUUGUGCAGACUACAUUCGGGUUGCGCAGUACCAGCACCAUCCCUUCGCCGACUGCAGGAUGUCCACCUAGCAUGCAGACAUGCAGUGUGCCAGACGUGUUGGAGGAAGUUAUAGCUAAGCUAAAUCAUGUCUUACAAGGAAAGGAAGACAUAGAAGACGCAGAGGAACAGUAGAUCACUACAGAGAGCCAGGAGGGACGCCUGCAGUCUGAAGGACUAAAAAAAAGAUGGAUGCAAACAAAGUAUGGCAGUGGCGCAUUAUGCAUGUAAUUUCAAGACAUCCAGAACCAUUCUAUCACAGCAAUAGAAUAGGAUUAAAUUUUAAUGUAGCAUCCAAGACACAGAAAAAAAAAAGAAUUACAAUUAUUGACAAAUGGUGUUGUGCUUGAGAUCUGUGACUUUGCUGAAACAGUAAGCAAGAAUCAAAUGCGUUUUAUCACAAACAUCCUGGAGAACAAUUUCGAUAUUGGAUUGGAAAAUGAGCAACAACGUGUUUAUUUUACCAAUCAAAUUAAAAUCAAAGUCAAAGACCGGAAGAGGUUAUCUCUGCAAGAUAAAAAUGAAGUUUUUACUCUCUUUGACAUAUCAUCUAAGCCAGAAUGCAACAGCAACAAUGGACUAAAUAUGGCAUCUACAGAGCGUAAGACAGAAAGUUUCCUGGUGGAAAUUGAUGAUACUGAUGAUAGUGACUAUGAAGAUACAGUCAAGUGUUCACAAGCAACAUCCAAAGAAUACAUGAAGAUGGAAAGUCUCCCAGAAGAGAUAAAUGGAGCACAUGGUGAUGACAGUGAGCAUGAGGAUGAAUUAAAGUAUCCAGGAGCACCGUCAGCAGAAGAACAGAAAGAGGAUGUUCUUCCCUCUUUGUUCCCUUAUUGUGAAGAAAUUGGUCUGAAACUUGACAUUGGGUCAAAACAAAGUCUAGAUCUAGGUUUGUUGACCAAUGGUGUGAUGUUAGAACUACUACAGGUCACUAAAAUACUGGCUGCAUGCUUCAGCCGUAUUAUUUGGGAUGUGUUGGGGCACAACUUUAAACUUGAUCUUGAAAGUCAACAGGAAAAAAAUCGAGUUUUGUCCAAGAUAUUGUACAUUCUGAACAGAAGAAAGCAACUCGGCAAAGUGAGCCCAGAGUUUGAAAAUAAGCCAUUUUCAUUACAGAAAACACCUUUCAAAAGAAACAGAAGGUCAGCACUGUCCAAUAUGGAAGCCCUGCCGUAUCAGUUUAAGGAAGUGACAAAAAGAAGGCAGUCUGAUUUAAAAAGUAAACAGGAAAAAAGGGCUCUGUUGACAAGUGAAAGGGCGAAUAAAAGGAGCAGAAGAUGGCAGUCUAAAGACACAAAGACAAACAUACCUUAUCGUCCCACUGAUUUGUGCACCAGUCAUACAGCAAAGGGAGAUCAUUGUUACAGUCAUCCUCUAACAGAAACUGAUCUAGACUACUACACUGGCAAUGAACGUGACAUGGAACAAGAGGAAAUGGAAACCGAGAACAACUACACUUGUCCUCUAGGAGAGUCUGAUCUAGACUCAGACGAAGUCCCAGAUUCAGGAAACACUGGCAAUCAGAUUGACUUGCAAAGCACAACAAGUUGUUCUCUGAGCUCGGACAUUUCUAGAGAAUCAAAUUCAAGUUGUCCGGGUAUUUGUGCACCUACCCUCACCACCGCUGACAUCUCAUCUACUUCAUCAACUGUGAACUCAAAUGUGAACCUACCAUUUGUAAGGCAACCUGAUGAAAGAGGACUCUGUGGAGAUGAAGAGCAAACACAGACUCCAAGAAAGUCACCAAAAAAAUGUGACAUGGAACAAGAAAAAAUGGGAAAGGAAAUGGAAAAAAACGUGUGGAAGUUGCGUGCAAACCGUGUAAAACAAAUCAUCUCUUCAUCAGAGUUCGGUCCAUUCAACAAGUCCAAGAGAUUUGGCCUUGAAUUCAAUGUUGGAUUUGGCCUGAAGCAAAACUUCAGUGUAGACUCUUUGCCAAAUCUAGUUCUGCUCGAAGUUGCUAAAUUUGCUUUAGCAAUGAAUUCAUCCCAACAAAAUUUCAUCAUGGAGAUUCUUGAGUACAACUUUGACAUCAGCCUGCAGAGUGAAUAUCAGAGAAAUAGUUUCACAUGUGAAAUCAUGAAAAGAAUAAGACAACUGAAAAACUCUGAAGAUGCAGUUAAAUUCUCAAAAGAUAUCUUUGAACUACCUGAUCCCAUGUCAUCAAUACAAAUGGCAAAUACUAGUGUGGGCAGUUUCAAUUCUGAACUUGGAUACAACCUAUCGAGAGUGGAGUGUGACGUUGCUCCCGGGUGUACUGCUCAUUCGCAUGCUGAAACCAAAGAUCAUAUUCCAACAAACAGUGUGGAGGUGUAUCCCAUCUGCAAGGAAAUAGGUCUGAAGUUACAUGUAAACAAACAUCAACCAAACAAAAAACUGGAUAUCAGCAAACUGACCAAUGGAGCAAUGACUGAAGUGACAAACUUUGCAGAAACGUUGUGUGGGACAUGUGAGCAAAUCUGUCUUGACAUCCUAAGACACAACUUGCAUCUUGAUUUGCAAAGUGGAGAUUCUGAUCUUGCCAGAAGUAUUGUUGCCCGUAUUCCUGCUAUAGUGGAGCAAAGGAAUCUAUUGGCCAGUGUUAAAACCUUAAAGAAAAUAAAGAGCUCAAGAAAAGACUCCUCAACGAAGGUGAAACUGGAUUGCCAAAAUGUGGAUGCAUGUAGUGCUGGUUCUUCCCAGGCUGAAUUCAAAGACCAAGAUGUAGUGAAUUCCCCUGACACUAAACCUCAAAAUGAGCUCAAUUUAAAGCUGUGGAAAUUGCGAGCCAAUCAUAUUCAGCAAAUCCUCUCAAUACCUCAUGAAGAACAUUGCCCACUUUAUUCUUACUCCAGAUGUAAGAAAGUAGGCAUUGAUUUUAAUGUAGGAUCUGGAGUAAAACAAAAUCUUGAUCCCAAAUUACUGACCAAUGGCAUCAUGGUUGAAUUAAACACGUUUGCCACAGCACUGCUGUCAGCCCAGAAACAUUUCAUCAUUGAGAUACUGGAGUAUAACUUCCAUCUUGAUUUAAAAAACAAGCUAUAUCGCAAUGCUUUUGCACAGCAAACUUUAGAAAAAGUUAAAGUUGAUGCGCAUAAAAGAAUCAGCGUUCCUCGAAUGAAAAUGCAGUUUGAACUCCCUGACAUGAGGUACCUACAAAAAUCUACUUAUGAGAAAACUACAAAUUGCCCCAAAUGCUUUCAAGACAGAAACCAAGAGCUUCGUCAGGAUGAAUCUGACCCUGGUCUCAUGCAUCAACCUCGUCCACAUACCAUAACUGACGCAGUCACUGCAGAUACAAACUGCACCGCACAAAAGCCUUCAAAAGAUCCGUCCUCUAACUUCUCAGCAAUAGAGGAGACGAUAAUGGACAGUUACCCUCGCUGCAAGAAAAUAGGUUUGAACCUGUGUGUGGACAAAGAUCGACCAAAAGAAAAGCUUGACAGGCAUGUAUUGACAAGGGGGGCUAUGAUUGAUGUGGCUAGUUUUGCAAAAAAAUUGUGUGCAACAAAAAGUGGCAUCAUUCAUGCAGUCCUUGAACACAACUUCAACUUAGGCAUGCAGAGGCGGGACGUACGUAUUGCACAGCAGUUCCUCAGAGCGACUGCACUGAAGGAUGGCAGGCUGGCCUGGUUUAAUGAAGUUUUUGUUAUUCAGUCAUUUUCUCACAGACAACCUGGACAUGUAAGUACCGGUAAACUGAAACGGACAGCUGCGAUGCAGAGAAGUGAAUGGAAGGAAGCUAUCAAAAAAAGAAAGUUGGCACUGCAAACAAAGAUGAAAAAACCCACGCUGCCAAGUCAUAAUAUCAAUGACGUAAAAUCAAAUUCAAAUCGUCAAAAUAAAGGAAACCGCUUUCCCAUUUGCACUAAAAUGGGUUUGGAUCUAGAUGUGACAUCCAAACCAGGUGAAAGAAAAACACUGGACUUAAAGCUAUUGACCACAGGGGUGUGUGACAUGGAACAAGAUGAAAUGGAAACCGAGAACAACUACACUUGUCCUCUAGGAGAGUCUGAUCUAGACUCAGACGAAGUCUCAGAUUCAGGAAACACUGGCAAUCAGAUUGACUUGCAAAGCACAAAAAGUUGUUCUCUGAGCUCGGACAUUUCUAGAGAAUCAAAUUCAAGUUGUCCAGGUAUUUGUGCACCUACCCUCACCACCGCUGACAUCUCAUCUACUUUAUCAACUGUAAACUCAAAUGUGAAUCUACCAUUAGUAAGUCCACCUGAUGAAAGAGGGCUCUGUGGAGAUGAAGAGCAAACACAGACUCUAAGAAAGUUACCAAAAAAAUGUGACAUGGAACAAGAAAAAAUGGGAACAGAGAAUAACUACACUUGCCCUUUAGGAGAGUCUGAUCUAGACUUAGAUGCUGGCAAUGAAUUUGACGUGGAACAAGAGAAAAUGGAAACGGAGAAAAACAUGUGGAAGUUGCGUGCUAACCGUGUAAAACAAAUCCUCUCUUCAUCAGAGUUCGGUCCAUUCAACAAGUCCAAGAAAGUUGGCCUUGAAUUCAAUGUUGGAUUUGGCCCGAAGCAAAACUUCAGUGUAGAUUCUUUGCGAAAUCCAGUUCUGCUCGAAGUUGCUAAAUUUGCCUUAGCAAUGAAUUCAUCCCAACAAAAUUUCAUCAUGGAGAUUCUUGAGUACAACUUUGACAUCAGCCUGCAGAGUGAAUACCAGAGAAAUAGUUUCACAUGUGAAAUCAUGAAAAAAAUAAGACAACUGAAAAACUCUGAAGAUGCAGUUAAAUUCUCAAAAGAUAUCUUUGAAUUCCCUGGUCGCAUGCAAUUAAUAAAUAUGGAAAAUCAGAGAAUAAAGGAGUGUGAGGUUGCUCCCGGGUGUCCUGCUCAUUCGCAUGCUGAAACCAAAGAUCAUAUUCCAACCAACAGUGUGGAGGUGUAUCCCGUCUGCAAGGAAAUAGGUCUGAAGUUACAUGUAAACAAACAUCAACCAAACAAAAAACUGGAUAUCAGCAAACUGACCAAUGGAGCAAUGACUGAAGUGACAAACUUUGCAGAAACGUUGUGUGGGACAUUUGAUCAGAUUUGUCUUGACAUCCUCAGACACAACUUGGAUGUUGAUUUGCAAAGGGGAGAUUCUGAUCUUGCCAGAAGUAUUGUUGCCCAAAUUCCUGCUGUAGUGGAGCAAAGGAAUCUAGUGGCCAGUGUUAGAGCCUUAAAUAAAACAAUGGGCAAAAGAAAAUUACCCUCAACGAAGGUGAAACUGGAUUGCCAGAAUUACCAAAAUGUGGAUGCAUGUAGUGCUGGUUCUUCCCAGGCUGAAUUCAAAGACCAAGAUGUAGUGAAUUCCCCUGACACUAAACAUCAAAAUGAGCUCAAUUUAAAGCUGUGGAAAUUGCGAGCCAAUCAUAUUCAGCAAAUCCUCUCAAUACCUCAUGAAGAACAUUGCCCACUUUAUUCUUACUCCAGAUGCAAGAAAUUAGGCAUUGAUUUUAAUGUAGGAUCUGGAGUAAAACAAAAUCUUGAUCCCAAAUUUCUGACCAAUGGCAUCAUGGUUGAAUUAAACACGUUUGCCACAGCACUGAUGUCAGCCCAGAAACAUUUCAUCACUGAGAUACUGGAUUAUAACUUCCAUCUUGAUUUCAAAAACCAGCUAUAUCGCAAUGCUUUUGCACAGCAAACUUUAGACAAAGUUAAAGUUGUUGCGCAUAAAAAAAACAGCAUUCCUCGAAUGAAAAUGCAGUUUGAACUCCCUGACCUGAGGUACCUACAAAAACCUACGUAUAAGAAAAAUACAAAUUGCCCCAAAUGCUUUCAAGACCGAAACCAAGAGCGUCAACAGGAUGAAUCUGACCCUGGUCUCAUGCAUCAACCUCGUCCACACACCAUAACUGACGCAGUCACUGCAGAUACGAACUGCACCGCACAAAAGCCUUCAAAAGAUCCGUCCUCUAACUUCUCAGCAAUAGAGGAGACGAUAAUGGACAGUUACCCUCGCUGCAAGAAAAUAGGUUUGAACCUGUGUGUGGACAAAGAUCGACCAAAAGAAAAGCUUGACACGCAUGUAUUGACAAGGGGGGCUAUGAUUGAAGUGGCCAGAUUUGCUAAAAUAUUGUGUGCAUCAAAAAAUGGCAUCAUUCAUGCAGUCCUUGAACACAACUUCAACUUAGGCAUGCAGAUGUCAGACGUUAAUAUUGCACAUCUGUUCCACAGAGCGACUACACUAAAUGACGGCGGGCUGGCCUGGUUUAAUGAAGUUUUAGUCAUUCAACCGUCUUCUCACAGACAACCUGGACAUGUAAGUAAACUGAAACAGGCAGCUACCAUGCAGAGAAGUGAAUGUAAGGAAGCUACCAAAAAAAGAAAGCUGGCACUUCAAACAAAGAUGAAAAGAGCCACACUGCCAAGUCAUAAUAUAAGUGUCGUAAAAAGAUCAAAGAGAAAUGGUCAGAUUCAAAUACCGUUUAACUGUUAUCCUAUUUGCACGGAGAUAGGUUUGGAUCUAGACGUGACAUCAAAAUCAGGAGAGAAAGAAAAACUGGACUUGAAGCUAUUGACCAGGGCUGCAGUGUAUGAGAUCCAUAAAUUUGCAAUUAAGAAAACAGGACACUAUUUGCCAAACACUGUGUACGACAUCCUUGACUAUAACUUUGAUCUUAGCUCACACCAUCACAGGCGCUGGGAAUUUUCCAUAGCAACUUCAUCCAAAAUCCAAACCAUGGUCAAGCAAUAUCUUAAAAAUCGGAACAGACCAGACGAGGUCUUCAACUUACCAUUUGUGUUUGCAUCUGAGGCGUCACAAAGGUUUGUAGAGAAGAGACUAUUUGAGAAACGGAACAAGUAUUCCCGGGAAGAACCAUACAAGAAAAAGGCUGAGGGAAGGUUUGUGCGCCAAGUGAGAUACCAUUCAGGUGUCAAUCGCAUCCAUUUUCUCGAUGGUGUCAAAACUAACAGUGGCGCUUUGUUCCAGGAUCCAACAGAUCCUGGAACAAUAGAGCAGAUGAAUGGGAGUCUUGGAAGUGGAGGUCCUCUCCAUGGAAUCCUACAGAUUAAAGAGGAGAACGACGAUCCACAUUAUGGCAAUAUGAAAGAAGAACCGCACACUUUGGAAAAAUACCGUCCACAUUCGGAUGAUGUCAAAACCGAUCCUGGGACCAUAGUGCAGAUAAAUGGCAAUCUAGUGAGUGUUGGCUGUGGCAAUCCUUUCCAGAGAAACCUACAGAUAAAAGAGGAGGAGUACGAUCCACAUCAUGGCUAUAUGAAACCAGAACCGGACUCUGAGGAAAAAUACCGUCCACAUUCUGAUGAUGUCAAAACUGAUCCUGGGACGAUAGUGCAGAUAAAUGGCAAUCUAGUGAGUGUUGGCUGUGGCAGUCUUCUCCAGAGAAACCUACAGAUUAAAGAGGAGGAGUACAGUCCACAUCAUGGCAGUGUGAAACCAGAACCGGACACUGAGGAAAAGUAUUGUCCACGUUAUGAGGAUUUCAAAACAGAAUCAAACGCUGAGGAUGUCGAGCAUUUAGUCCCAGGUGAACCUACAGGACCCCUUGCAUAUACUUUAUUAACUUUAUGGCCGAACUCUGAAAGUCAGAAAACAGUAUCUGAACACGAGAAUGUGAGUCAAAUAAAAACCGAAUGGGACACUGAGGGUGUGAAGUAUUUAGUCCCAGUUGAAGCAGUAAGGUCACAGGAAUACUCCAUGGUAACCAUAGGUCAGGGCAAUGAGAGCACAUUGAUAAAAGAAGAGCAAGAAAAUGUGCCCGCUGACUCGCACCAUCAUGGAGUUCACAGAAAAAGAGCUGGACAUCUAAGAGGAAUGAGUUCCUAAUGUUCUAAUGUUCUAAAUUAUAGUUGACACAAGAGACCGGUGUGUCUUACACUAAACCGAUGCUAUAAGCUACAUUCUUUGCUAUGAAAAUGUAUUCCAUGUUGAGGGAGAAUGUAGAUGAUAAUUUCAAUGCUGCAGAAAUGUGUGUAACACAGUUAAACUCUUACUCAAGAAAUGGAUGCCCAAAAAGAUAAUAGAUUUGACUAAAAUGUUUCAAUGCAAAAAGCUGUCUAUGUAAUGCUUUGAAGCUUGGUUCAAAAAAAGACCUGCCACAGUUGGAAAAUGUUUAAGCUAAGGUUUCCUUUUCUUAAGUGGUCCGCUUUUGGUCAUUUCUUAAGUUUUUGUAAAAAUGUGUCUGAGGAUCUUUUGACACUGACCUUUACUUUGUGGAUAGCAGGUUCUUCUAUUAUAGCUAUAUAGUCAUCUGAGGCAUUAUGGUCUGUUUUUCAAAGUGCUUGUUCUCCUGCCUAAUUUGUUUCACUUUUUAUUUUUCAUUAGUACCUUUUUAUGAUUCAUCAUUCAUUUUUGUUUUGUUUAUUAAUAACACUUUUGUAUAUUACAAAAACUGUUACUUUCUUGAAGCUGUAAAGUAAAAAUGAGUGUGUCAGUAAUUUUUUUUUUUUUUUUUUGUAAAUACAGAUAUAUACUAGCCUGACAUGGUCAUACUCAGAUUCUAGUCAGAAUGUGAGUAUGAACUUCCUGACCUCGAAUGUUGUGGGUGGGGCUAAGUUUGGCUGGCAUCCAGGCUAGAUAUAUACACCGUAGAAAGGAAAAUGACCUGGAUCUUGAUGACUAGUGUAUUUCUUGCCAUUUGAGUACAAUAAGUUUAUAUUAAAUUGUGAAAGCACC